CAAACCUGUGUUUCCGCCGCGCUGCCGCCAUGUCGACGACAGCCAAGCAGUUGGCCGACUUGAGCCGCAAGAUCUUUGAGCGGCUGCCGCAGAACAACAUCAAGUCAGGGAACAAGAUUAUCAGCGCACAGUUGAAGGGUGACAAGGUUGUAUCUUGGUUCAACAAGCCGCUCGUGAUGGGCAUGGGCGGGUACUCGGAAUACUACCAAAAGCUCAACCAGUACCGACUCGACACGAACGCGACCCUCAAGCAGCAAGGCCGUGGACCUCCCAAGAAGGGUGCUGGUAAGCGCUCGCAAAAGAAGAAGUAGACAUUCAAUCGAGAUGUACCCUCUUCAUCACGCAACAAAUGGUUCACAACGCUGCCUCGACGACACCUUCUUUCGUACAGGGCUGGACGAGGAGUCGCGCAAGCGUGUGAUCGCUGCAUUUUCAGCGCUCGAUUCUAACGGUCAUUUCCUCAACGCAUCGCGUUGCGCGCUACAUGGUGUUUGCAACGAAAAUGUAUUCAUGCUCG